AUGUCCAACGAUCCCAAUCUCGCCUCACAGCUCCUCGCUAUUCGCCAGGGGGGCGACGAGAAAGACAAUAUCUCCUCAGCCAACCUGGAAGCCGACGGCGGUACAGAUGAUAAGUCCAAAAUGACCUCUUCGUAUCGUGAUUUUUCACGGGUCCUCCCCGAGAAGCACAAUGAUGCCUCGUCUCUCAUCGCUCAAAGCACAACAGCCAAGGAGCCGACCUUCCCAGUGAAGCUCCACAUGAUCUUGUCUAACCCUGAGUUCCAAGACAUCAUCGCUUGGUUGCCUCAUGGCAGGAGCUGGCGCAUCCUCCAGCAAAAGGCAUUCGAAGAGCGAGUCAUUCCUCUCUACUUUCGCCAUGGGCGCUAUUCCUCCUUUGCCCGUCAGGUCAAUGGUUGGGGAUUCAAGAGAAUCACACAUGGCAGCGACUACAAUUCCUAUUACCACGAACUGUUCCUUCGCGGUAUGCCCCACCUCUGCGAUAAGAUGCGACGCCUGACCACCAAGGACCUCAGCAAGAAAAAGAAGAUGGAGGACGGCCCCACUCCGGACUUUUACGCUCUCAGCCGGGACAACCCUCUGCCGGAAAGCACACCCGUGCCAACGACCACACUGACCCCACCGGCUAUUGCCGCUGCGGGUCGUGGUGGGGCGGACCUUGCCAAUGCCGAUGUGGAACUGGCUCUCCUGGAACGUCGGCGUGCCGAUAUCUUCAACCGCAUGAACCUCCUCGCUUCUUCGAACGGGAUGGGUCAGCCUGGUGCCUUUGGUGGUGGUGGUGGUGCUGGAGGUCUUCAAGGACAACAGUUCGGCCAGCAGUUUGUUGGACAACAGCUAGGCAUGGGACAACAGUUUGUUGGACAACAAGAUCAACUGCAGAUGAAUAACAACAGCUUGGUGGCCGCCGCAGCUCUCUCGCUCGGUAACAAUGGCCGCCCCAAUGGUCUGAAUCCUGCUUCCUUGCAACAGCAAGGCUUCCUUGGUGGCAUGGGAGGCGUUCCUGGAGUCGGAGGCGUCUCCAAUGUUGGUCAGAUCUUUGAUUCGUCCAACUCUGCGCUCCAGCGUCAGCUUCUUGAAGCCCGUCUUGCCAACACUGAUAUGGCUGCCAUCCUUGGUUUUCAACAGGGCAAUGUGCAAAACAACGGUAUCAAUGGAAUCCCCGGGCUCAUGAUGCCUCCAUCCCUUUAG